AUGACCCCCCUGCGCCUCGGCAUAGCAAUGCUGCUGAGCAGUCUUGUUGCGGCCCAGUGUCCAACAGGUUUCGAACCGCCUGCAUUGAGUGACCUUACUAGACCGAGUGAUCCAGCGCUUUUAUCAACAUAUGCCGUCAUCGCCGCCCGGCUUGGCUCACUUGGAGGGCUAGAUGAUGUCUUCACCCAUGACUGUGAGAUUCGACUGAACGAAGGGCCACCAUACAAAACCGCUCUUGGUGAAAACGCGACUUGGCACGGCGCUCUAGCUCAUGCCAUUACGAUCACUUUGCGAGAAAAAAACAAGGAAGCGACCAUCCCCAAUAUCUGGAGUUUGCUAAGUCUCAACAAGAUCCGAUCCUGGGCAACCACAGCCGAUCCCACCGGCGAACAACCCCAUUCCGUCAAGGAUGCUGACGCGUUCAAUGAAGUUCUGGGACAAGCGCAACCAAAGGGCAUUGUGAUGCAAUGGGACGUUCCUGAGCUUUCCUACAGCACAGUAAUCUCGUGGGACGUUACCACAAAGUCAGGAAAGCUUCAGGACUGGAUGACUCUGAAUACGUCGGGGGACAUUCAGGCAGCAUCACCCGACCCAAACGUAAACUUGGAGCUCUACCAGAUGUGGAACGACCAACUUCGGCCAACAAACAUUUGGAUCCCGGCUGACAAGGGGAGUGCCUGA